UUGUUGUUUUCGCCCAAAUGAAUACAUUGCAGUCGCCGGAAAAUAUUUUUUGAAGUGAUUCCAAUGUAGCUCCCUGUCGGAAGACCCGAAAAACAACAAAAAUCGCCUCGAAAUGGCCUACGACGAACGUAGUAGUGAUGGCAGCAGCUCUAGCGAAGCUCCUGAGUCAUACGCCCACUUGCUGGCCCCCAAAUCAGGACAAUCGCAGACGCCGGCCACCGCCAUGCCGAAGCACAUUCCCUUUCCAGAGCACGCCACCACAUCCGAAUGGCUCAGCGAGCUCAUAAUGUGCGCAUUCACUAUGGGCUCGGCCAUCGUUCAGUUUAUCAACAUAUAUAGAACCAACUGGUGGCUGCCCCAAGCCCAUACAAGGCAUAUGGUGAACAUAGAGCUCAUCGAUCCGUAUCUUCGGUACCUCCUCCUUAUACUUAACACCCGAAGACUAAUUUACUGCUUACUGCUGGUGAGACUUAAAAAGGGCAACGAAAAGAGCACUCACCUCAUUCGACUGGGCAUCAAGUACGGAUUUGGAGGUCUGGUGCAGCUGGCAUUGGGCUUCUGCGCUAUGAAACUCUACCAGAAGAACUCGUACAUUCUUCUGCUCUUCCUGUCUUAUCCAGUGGUCAUCUACCUGUUGAUCUUUGGCUUCCAGCUGGAGCCCUUCCUGCGCACCAGAUUCGAGCUGCCUGGCGUUUAUAUCAACGAUAUGCCCGUCCACAGCUGCACCACUAAUGCUGUACACAUUCGGGACGAAGUGGAGACACUGCGGCAUGACUUCAACAAGCGCUUCAAGCAGCUCAUAUUCACCUCCAUGCUUAAUGCCUACUACAGUGGGCUGGUCCCCUGCUGUCUGGCCAUCAGUGUCCAGUAUAACGUGCUCCGUGCUGCUCAGCACUGCAUCAUCGUGUGCCUCGGAGCCUUUAGCCUGUGUGCCGUUUUUCUGUAUCCCGCCAAGUACAGUGAUACCCUGCAUCGGGCUACGUUGCAUUUAGGCUGCUGGCAGCGCAUUGACCGAGAGCCUGCGCCAUCGCAGUUAAUAGUGGCGGCCAAUGCGCUCGCUUGGUCAAAAUACUCCUCCUACGGCCAUGGUACCGUGGUGAAGCACAAUGGGGGGCUUUACAGAAGCCAGGGUGUUGUCACGGUGGCCACACCGGGCAACGCCAGCCAUGCGAGAUUUUAUAAACUCUUCCACAAUCCCACCAUCAUUUACUCCACAUUGGCCAUCCUUCAGGCGGCCGUGCUGUUGGUUGAGAUAGGUUCACUAAGCGCCGAGAGCGUCGAGUGGCACUUUGUGCUAUCCAUUAGCUUCGUGGCCUUCACCAGUAUGGGAGCCUUUUUUAAGCUAGUACGAGACUACCUUAUCACCAAGGACCUUUACAAAGCGGAGCACGCAGUGGCGCCUGAUCAACCAUUUAGACUACGCAUGAGAGAUGCAUUUAUGUAAUAAAUAUCCCAAAGAAUAACA